GCAUUACGUCCAUGCAGCAAGACCAACAUCGUGCCGUAGCAACUGCACCAGCGCCGAGUACCGGUACUCCAUCCAGAUCGGCCGCACAGGCCAUACCGCUCGGCCCGGCGCCCGCCGCGCCCCCGUACCGUGCUGCUGACGUUGGCGGUCGCAGCUAGCUAGCUACCCGCAAGAUUACAUUUCUGUUAUUCGCUGGUGUUGUUGACAUGACGUGCUAUCUUUUAAUGACCUAUUAGAGAUGAAAAUUGGACCUGAAAUAUGUCGGAAUCACAAGCAUCGAGCAGUGCAAGGAUUUACAGUAGUAGGCUGACAUUGAGACAGCUGAGAAGGAGACGGGAGAUAAAAAGAAAGAAGGAGAGGAGAAGAUUGAAAAGAAGGAAAUUCAGGAUCAAUAAACAGUGGAUUAAACUGAAGAAAAGGGAAGCAGUUAUAGAAAAGAGGGAAGCAGUGGAAAAGGAAAAAGCGGGAAAUACGGCAGAAACAGAAAUAAAGGAAGAAGUAGAAAUGAAGCCAACCCUUGAAAGUGCAGCCAGUUCCCAAGCCCCUUCCCCUGUCACGGGCGCACCAAACGCUCCGAGGUACGGAACAAUCAUUCCCAACAGGAUAUUCGUCGGUGGAAUUGCAUUUAACCAGACAAGCGAUGCAGAGCUCAGGAAUUUCUUCUCGGCGUACGGUCACGUCAAAGAGGCAAAGAUUAUCGCAGACAGAGCAGGAGUGUCAAAGGGGUAUGGUUUUAUCACAUUCGAGACUGCAGAGGAAGCACAUAGAAUACUAAAAGAACACGCCAACAGUUUAGUGUUCAAGGAGAAGAAGCUAAACAUUGGGCAAGCAAUAAGAAAACAGCCUAUCAAAUACCCCAAAGAUGUGGAUCCAGCCCUUAUUCCAAGUGGGAUGGUGUUCCACUCACCGAGCGGUGCAUACAGCUAUACAUACCAUAAUGGAGUUGCGUACUUCAACCCCGGCGGUGAUGUACAGUCGGCCAGCCAUCCGGUUCAGACAACGAUAGCUACCCACCACCAUCCACAGCAGACACAGCCCCAGUAUGCACCAUACACCGUCCCAUUCAUGCUGCCCCCUCCCGGUCCGCAGCAUUACAUGACGAAUCAGCAUCAACAGUUUGCCUUCCAACAGCCACAGCCAGUCAGACAGACUGCACCGCAGUAUCAGACGCAGUGGAGAUGGGUUCCAGCACAGGCCCCUCCUGCCGCAGCGGUGAAUGGCAGCAUGCUUCCAGUCUCCCCCAUCUAUCCCAGCCCUCCCCAACCCCAUAGCCAUGAGGUCAUCUACCAGCAGGCUCACCAUUAUCAGUCACCAGAGAUCACAGAGUUACCCAUUAUGGAACCCUCACCAGCAGAGGGCACAACAGUAGUGCAGACUGCCGAGCACUCCAACAUGCCGACACAACUCAUUACUCGCCAUCAGCCCUACAUAGGGACAGUCUCCGAACUCCAAGGGACGUACACAACCUCCUAUGAUCCCAACAGCAUCCCGAACUCCAUCGUCCAGAAGGUUACACCCAAGUUCACGGGCAAACGCCCCAUAAAGAUGCCGAGACGCGGGGACCGUGCCGUCAAGACCAUCCGGACCGACAUCCCAGGCCAACCCGGCACCUCCCCCAUCGGUUACCCAACCAUGAUGAUGGCGGCCCCACCCAGAAUGGACGAGGCGAUGAUGAUGGCCGGCCCCGCCCAAUAUGGCAACUCGACUCACAUGGGAAAUGCCUCCCAUUUGUCGGGAGGCGGGGAUAACUAACUCGUAACCUACACUUUUCUAUCACCCCACCCACUCCAUUUUAGAAGUGUACAUGUCGGUCCCAUCGUAGUAAUGCUUGAAGUGUUGAUGAGGGCUAUUAAAUAGGUGCUUAAAAUUACUGUCUAUAUGCAGGUGUAUGUUUCAAAAGUGCCUGCUGAAAAUAUACUGUCAUUUAUAAUGUGAAGUUGAAAAUCUUUUUUGAAAUGGCAGUAUUUUACUUCUUAGAUUGCUGUAUAUAUUUCAUUCAAAGUUUAGAUAUGCUACAUAAGGAGGUCAGAAUUGUAUCUGAUACAUGUUUUUGUAAGUCUAAUCAGUUAGAUCAUAGAUGUCUUUUUUCCAAUCAGGGUAUAUGCAACCAAGUGUCUUCCAUGAAUUUUCUCAAAGGAAAUUUGUCUUGCAAUUACGGGAUAUGGGACUUUCAGAAGUAGUUUUGUGCAAAAUGCUUUGAAAUAGAAAAUUCUAUGGGUUUUGGAAUGGUAUAAUGAGUAGUCUGCACAAGUUCGAUUGCAUCUUUCUGCCACUCAGUGAGCAGAUUUUAUUGUGUGCUCAAAGGAUUUUGUCCAGUGAAGAAAAUUAUAUACCUUGUGCCAACUGUUGCAAGUGUAGUCUAACAAUUACAGUAAUGUGAGCUUUCUUAUUAGGUAUUAUAUUAAAAAAGCUGAAAUCCUUGCCACAUUUUGUGCUUAAACAAAAUAUAAAACUUUUGUAAGUGUAAUAAAACAAAUCAUGUGUGCUCUUGUUAUAUCAGUGAGAAUUAAAAAAAAAAUACAUAAGAUCCUUGCCAUAUUUUGUGCUGAAAGAGGAUAUAACAGUCAAACAAGUACUGAAAACAAUACUACCAUUACAUUAUGUGUGCUCUAGAACUACUUUGGAAAGAAGAAGAUAAAUUAGCUGCAAUCCUUGCCACAUUUUGUUCUCAAACAGAAUGCACAAUGUACUUCAAGCGUUCAGGAAAUGCGCAAUAUUUUCUCAAAUUGUAAAUUACCGGUAUUAAAAAAAAGAAGGUUUUUCUUGUGCCAAAGUUUGCUCUAUCUCCUAUUUCAUAACUAGGUAAAACUGAAAGUUGUGAUUGACUUUACGAACGACUGGGGAUCUUUUAUUAGGUUCUGAAUCAACAUCAGUUUUAUGAAACACCUUGCUAAACUGCUUUCAUUUUAUCAUUAUUACUUGCAAGAAAUAUUGAAUGUUUUCUGGUUCGUACCUAAUCACUUAGAUUAAAAAGGGGCUUAUUUAAAUUGUGAUAGCUCAAUUCCCACAGUACCUUCUAGACAUCCUAAAAUACUGACACAAACAGCUUGCUUGAAAUGGUAAUAUUCUUGCCCUUGUAAUUGUAAAUAUAUAUCUCAUUAGUCAUAUAUCUUGUCUAAGCAAUACCAUCUACUUGUAAGUAAUAUCAUGAGCAACAUGUCUUCAAUUCACCUACUAUAUUACCUUUCUUAAUGCAAAAAGUAGAGGUAUUCUGCAUCGAAUCUAAAUUUGGGGGAGAGGGGGUGUUCAUGAGCCAUCUGAAAGAAAAACAAUGUUUUUUUUACAAAGUUAAGGGACUUUAUAAGAAAAAUAUAAAAUUGACCCUCCAAACUUGGCAUUCAAAGAUCACUCUCGUUUAAAUUACAAGAAGGCGUCAUGAUCUCCAGGUAUAAUUGUUUAAAAAAAAACUCUUUGAGAGUUAUCAUGGUAACAACCCUACAGUGUAACUACAUAUCAUAUGAAAGUUAUCUAUUAAGGGUCAAUAACUGACAGAGGUACAAUACAUUGUAAAAAGUCCAAGGCAUAAAAGUCCAACUAGUGUGAUUUUUUUUUUUUUGGGGGGGGGGGGGUGGUUGUGUAACACUGAACAACUCUAGCUGGAUUAGUAUAUCCCAAAUGAUGAGGUAUCUUGAAAAGAAUUCUACAUUUGGGCAAACAAGUGAUACAUUUGCUAUUAUUUACUCUGCAUGUGAACAUAUAUACUAAAUCACUAUAUGUAUAUAUUGAUUUUUUUAUCAGGUAUGCAAUACAUUUGAAUAGUCCCAAGAAAGGCAUGGGUAGUCAAAUAUAUUUCAUGAUUAAUCAUGUAGAUAGUGAAAUAUAAUCCAUGAUUAGUCAUGUAGAUGUUUGAAAAAAUCCAUCAUUAGCCA